AUGAGCGAAUCGAACAACUGGCAGCUGGAGGCUGUGGAUCAGUUCAUGCGGAGCCCCGAAUACAAAACGCCAAUCAUGAACUACAUUGAUGAGAAGUGCAUUGUGUUUGAUGAUGACGAAGAGAACAAGCUGGAAUUCACGAAGAUCCAUGAGGAGUUUGUUGAGCUUGUGUUUGGUUUGCUGGAGAAAUUCCUUGUAGAGAUCGGGCUGUCAACGGAGGAGUUCGCAAAGACUUGUAGCAAGGAGCUUCAAAGGGGGGAAAACGCGUUCGUCUACCACAGUAUCAUGGCAGCGGACGACUUUCAGAGUUUCAAGAAGAUGAUGGCGAAGAGGAACUAUGAGUUCCAACUGCAGGCGAUCGAGCAGCUCAGGAACAUGCAGUUCACCGCCGGCAUGUGCGAAGCUCUGCCUGAGGGAGACUUAGCGGAUCUCCCGCUCCCUCCGGGUGAGGGAGAAGACGAGGAGGACGAGGACUUCGAUGAGGAGAUGCAGUUGAGAGAAGCGAUCCGGCUGUCCAAGAUGACGUUCAAGGAGGAAGAUCCCGAGCUCUCUGAAGCCCUCCGCCUGUCCGAGAUGAUUUCGGAGCAGCAGGCGGAUACUGCGAAGGAGAGCGAAGCUAAGCCCUCCAUCCAGCCAUCGGAGGAAGAUAUCAUCACGCCGGAAGAGCUGCAGUCCAUCAAAGAUCUUCCUGUCGUCACUGACGAAGAGCUCAAGGCUCAUGAACUUGCAGUCAUCCAUCACGCCAUCGCCAUGAACGAGGUCUCGAGCAAGGAGGAGGAGGAGGAGGAAGAGGAGGAGGAGCAGGCUUCUUCCGCCCAGCAGCAGCUCAACGAGCCAGCAGAAGAGAGUCCAGCUGCUGUCGACGCCAGCCCCAAGGAACAGUCGGAGCCUGAACCUCCUCAGGGGGGGGUCACCGACAGCAAGGAGCCUCCCUCCGAGCCUGCGCAGACCACGCAGAGAGCAGGAGGAAGCUCUCUGCCCGCCAUCGUUCCCCGCGCCCGACCAGCCAUGGACAUGCCGGGCAUGCAGGUCGACGACUUGAUCCAGAGGGAGUCCAACGAGAAGAAGAAGGAGAGGAAAGCCUUAGAGAAGGCGGCUCUGGAGAGGAAGGCUUCUGAGCUGGAGACCUUGUACAAAGAACCCCAGCUGACACCAGAGGAGAUGGAGGCAAGGAAGAGGUACCUGGAGAAGCAGCGCAUGUGUGAGGACGUGGACGAGGACGAGGACGAGGACGAGGACGAGGACGAGGACGAGGACGAGGACGAGGACGAGGACGAGGACGAGGACGAGGAGGAUCAAAACUCUCAGGAGUCUCAGAACGCUUCUUCUAUUCACUUCUAG